CCCACAGGCUCCCCAUAGGCUCCAGUGGGCGCCAUGAGCAGCUCUGAGGAGGUUUCUUGGAUUUCCUGGUUCUGCGGCCUCCGGGGCAACGAAUUCUUCUGUGAGGUGGAUGAGGAUUACAUCCAGGACAAGUUCAACCUCACCGGCCUCAAUGAGCAGGUUCCUCACUACCGGCAGGCGCUGGACAUGAUCCUGGACCUGGAGCCAGAUGAGGAGCUGGAGGACAACCCCAACCAGAGCGACCUCAUCGAGCAGGCUGCAGAGAUGCUCUAUGGCCUCAUCCAUGCCCGCUACAUCCUCACCAACCGCGGCAUCGCCCAAAUGUUGGAGAAAUACCAGCAAGGGGAUUUCGGGUACUGCCCCCGGGUCUAUUGUGAGAACCAGCCCAUGCUGCCCAUUGGGCUCUCGGACAUCCCCGGCGAGGCCAUGGUGAAGCUCUAUUGCCCCAAGUGCAUGGACGUCUACACCCCCAAAUCCUCGCGCCACCACCACACCGACGGCGCCUACUUCGGGACGGGGUUCCCCCAUAUGCUCUUCAUGGUGCACCCCGAGUACCGGCCCAAGCGCCCCGCCAACCAGUUCGUGCCCAGGCUCUAUGGCUUCAAGAUCCACCCCAUGGCCUACCAGCUCCAGCUCCAGGCCGCCAGCAACUUCAAGAGCCCGGUCAAGACCAUUCGUUAA